UUCAAUUUUUCUCUCUAUCAAAGAUUAGACCUCGCUAUCUCUCUUUCCAUGGCCGACGAUGCUCCACAGCAGCAGCAACAGCAGUUUCCAACAUCGUCGGCCGAAUCGGUUUCUCUACCGGAUUCCUUACAGUACUGGUGCCACCACUGCGACAAGCGCGUCUCCGUCGAAACCCUAACUGACAUUUCCGAUGUCAUCUGUCACGAAUGUAAGAGCGGAUUCGUUGAAUCCAUCGCCUCCGCACCUUUCUCUAUUUCCGAUCCGAUUGACCAGCCUUCCUUGAGCAAUCAGUUUCUUCAGGUGCUCCGAUUGAUGGCUCAAGCGGCUCGGGAGGACGACGAGCCUCCUCCUCCUCCUCCUCCUCCGUCCAAUCCUGCAGAUCCGUCGGAUGACGAUUAUCUUCGAAUCGAGCUGAAUGGAUGGAACAACGACGAUGAAGAGGAGGUUGAGCUCCAAUACGAAGAUGGUCUGGAGGAAGACGGAUCUGAGGACGAGAACGAAGAAAUUGAAAAUCUGUUAUUUCGAGAAAUAGACGAGAGCCGCAGGAGACGGAGAGAGGUGCUUCGCCUCCGCCUCCGCGAUUUCGCCGCUGCUCGCGUUUCCAACCGGCGAAACAGGAUGCUUGAUUGGGCCGAGAUUCUGAUGGGACUUGAAGAUCAAACCAUCCAGCUCCGAUUGCAGGUUCCCGAGAUGAAUGACUACGUAGGUAACCCGGAGGACUACGUGGAUGCGGCUGGGUACGAGGCUCUAUUGCAGAAUUUGGCCGAUGCAGACGGGGGAGGAAGAAAAGGGGCUCCUCCUGCUUCAAAAUCCGCCAUUGUUGCUCUUGAAAGGAUAGUGAUUACAUCACAGGCAGAGUCUGUGGUAUGCGCUAUAUGCAAGGAUUCGGUAACUGUGGGAGAGAUUGCUAAGAAAUUGCCUUGUGCACAUGUGUACCAUGAAGAUUGCAUUAUUCCAUGGCUAGGUUCGAGAAACUCUUGCCCUGUAUGUAGGUAUGAGUUGGACACAGAUGAUCCGGAGUAUGAAGAAUCAAGGAAGAAGAAGAAACAACCUAUUAUUACAAAUGAAGUAGGUGGUCCAUCGAACUCCUCAGGUUAGCUCCUAAAACACACACUGUAAUUGCAUAUUUAAAUCUUUGCCUUGGAUUCUCAAGUUUCUUCCUUAACUCUGUAAAUAAUCAUUUCCUUGAAAGGAACCAUUGUGGAUUUUAAAUUGAAACGAUGACAUUGUAGUAAUUUAAGGACUUGGUGAAUCAAUCAGUGAUUAUAAUUUGAA